GGGCCAGCCUGGCCUUUGUCGGGCAGAGGUUCCUGGCGUUUAGAGACAAACUGAAUAUAUCUCAAGAAAAGGAGCCAGUAGAACCCCAGAACUGCCACCUUGUUGAGGGAGUUGAAUAUGGCUCUGAAGAUAUUGAUAUACUUCCUAGUGGGCUGGCUUUUAUCUCCAGUGGAUUAAAAUAUCCAGGCAUGCCAAACUUUGCACCAGAUGAGCCAGGAAAAAUUUUCUUAAUGAAUCUGAAUGAGCAAAACCCAAGAGCACAAGCACUAAAAAUCAGUGAUGGAUUUGACCAAGAAUUAUUUAAUCCACAUGGGAUUAGUACUUUCAUCGACAAAGACCAUACUGUGUAUCUCUAUGUUGUGAAUCAUCCCCACAUGAAGUCCACUGUGGAGAUAUUUAAAUUUGAGGAACAACAACGUUCUCUUGUAUACCUGAAAACUAUAAAACACAAACUUCUCAAAAGAGUGAAUGACAUUGUGGUUCUCGGACCAGAACAGUUCUAUGCUACCAGAGAUCACUAUUUUACCGGCUUCUUGAUGUCACUUAUUGAGAUGAUCUUGGAUCUUCGCUGGUGUUACGUUCUUUUCUACAGCCCGAGAGAGGUCAAAGUGGUGGCCAAAGGAUUUAAUUCUGCCAAUGGGAUCACAGUCUCACCAGACCAGAAGUAUGUCUACGUAGCUGAUGUAAUGGCUAAGAACAUUCAUGUAAUGAAAAAGCAUGAUAACGGGGACUUAACUCAGCUGAAGGUGAUACAGUUGGACACCUUAGUGGAUAACUUGACAGUCGAUCCUGCCACGGGAGAUAUUUUGGCAGGCUGCCAUCCUAAUCCCUUAAAGCUGCUGAUCUAUAACCCAGAGGAUCCUCCAGGAUCAGAAGUACUUCGCAUCCAGAGCGUUUUGUCUGAGGAGCCCAGGGUGAGCACUGUGUAUGCCAACAAUGGCUCUGUGCUUCAGGGCAGCUCUGUGGCUUCUGUGUACCAAGGGAAAAUGCUCAUAGGCACCAUAUUUCACAAAGCUUUGUACUGUGAGCUCUAGACUCCAGACAUUCGGUAAAAGUAAGCCCAUAAUUAUAUGGUAUAUGGAACUGUGAGAAAAUAGCAAACAUCUAUUAUACCUAAAAUAGCAAAAAACAAAAGUAUGUCUUGCUUUUCUUAUGGAUAGACGUAAAGGAGCAGAGGAAGGUUACAU